CGUCUUCCCUUUUAUUUCUUUUAUUUUCAGCCAAUUUUUUUAAUCUUUUCUGUUCUUUCCCUUCUCUUUCUCCUCCAUUAAAAGCCCUCUCGAUCCUGCGAUCGAUAUCCCCAAUCAGCAACCUAUUCCCCAACCCCAAAUCCUCCAGCUGAAAUCACACUCUCCAUGGCUGCUGCCGAUGAGGAAGCUAGCAAAACAUACCCUGAGAUGAUAACGGAGGCGAUCGAGGCGUUGAACGACAAGAACGGGUCGAACAAGUCGGCCAUCUCGAAGUACAUGGAGUCAAAGUACGGGGAGCUGCCGCCGGCCCACUCGUCGCUGCUCACGGCGCACCUGGCCCGCAUGAAGGAGAGCGGCGAGCUGCUGUUCGUCAAGAACAACUACAUCAGGCCCGGUGCCGACGCGCCCCCGAAGCGUGGCCGCGGCCGGCCGCCGAAGCCUAAGCCGGCGCUGCCACCCGUCGCCGACCUCCCCUCGCCCCGACCCCGCGGGCGGCCCCCCAAGCCUAAAGAUCCCCUCGCCGCGGCCGUCGCCAAGGCCACGGCCGGGCUCCCCCGGCCCCGCGGCCGGCCGCCGAAGGUUGCACGGCCUGCUGUGUCAGUGACUGCCGCUCCCGCUGCCGCCGCCGCUGCAGCCGGUGGUGUAGUCAAGAGAGGCCGGGGUCGGCCUCCCAAGGUGAAGCCUUCGCUAGUGACGGAGGCGGCAUGAGUGGAGCAAACCGGGGAGGUCAACUUCUAAUGCUGAUGUCUAAACUUAUUGCCGUUCUUCUUUUUUGUUUCUUGUCUUAAUUGUUGUGAGUAAUUUAGAGAUGGAGCCUGUCGGGGUGGUGGUGCUUGGAAUCUGCGUGUACAUUAUGCUGAGAUGUCUUAGUCGACUGUGCUACCGAAAAUGACUGACUAAAACUGAUGAUUGUGGUGCAUCUUUCAGAUCUCUACUGUUUCUAUCUUUCCUGGGAGUUCUUUACUUUCUAAUAUUUUUACUUCUCCUGUUACUGUGACAGUGUUUGUGUUUGAAUUAGGAAAUUACUGUGAAUUUGAGAUGGAUUGCCUUUUGUGA